GACAAAAGCGAAACAUGGGCGGUGGCAUCGUCACCGGAUCUUUUGUAGCCUUAAAUAGCUCCUCCAUUUUCUACCACUUUUCUUUUUGCCAUUCCUCCUUUUCUCCACUUGGUAAAAUUGUAAUCAUCUUCUUCCUGCUUCCAGUCAGUGCCUUUUCUUCAAUCUCUCUCCACAAUCCAAUUCCUUCAAUCCAAUUCCCUCCUUAGAAAAACUCUCUUCUCAUCCCAGAAAGCAAUAAUUCAUCCAUACCCCUUUUCUUUUCCUCCUGUCUUUCACAGUACAUCAUCUUCCCCUUUUCUCCUCCUCUCUUUCCCAAUUCCCAUACACAUACGCACUCCGCAUAUCCCUUCCUUUUUUCCCCGAAUAUUUCCUCUUCGGCCUUUUUGUGUUCUUCCCUUUCGCAGCUCUCCCGAACAGCCCUCAUCAUCGUGUUAAUCAUCAAUUCGUUGUUUCUGGGUAUGUUUGGUUUCUUCCCUUUUCCGUGAUCGCUCAAGCAGUUCGUAAUUAACCAUUUUAUUCACACUUGCCACAGGUUGUCAAUCUCUUGAGCAGUAUUUAUAGAGAGGAUAGAGGUGAUGUCUAGCGCUGCAAAAGUUGUGGACCCUGCAUUCCAGGGAGUGGGCCAGAGAUCUGGGAUUGAGAUAUGGCGGAUUGAGAAUUUUCAACCAGUUGCAGUGCCAAAGUCGGAUCAUGGAAAAUUCUACAUGGGGGAUUGCUACAUUGUCCUUCAGACAACACAAAGCAAGGGAGGAUCUUCUUUGUAUGACAUUCACUUCUGGAUUGGAAAGGACACAAGUCAGGAUGAAGCUGGAACUGCAGCUAUUAAAACUGUUGAACUUGAUGCAGCUCUAGGAGGGCGUGCCGUGCAGCACAGAGAACUUCAAGGACACGAAUCUGACAAAUUUUUGUCUUAUUUCAAACCCUGUAUUAUACCAUUAGAAGGGGGUGUUGCAUCUGGCUUUAAGACACCCGAGGUAGAAGAGUUUGAGACCCGGUUGUACGUUUGUAAAGGAAAACGGGUUGUCCGAAUGAAGCAGGUUCCAUUUGCGAGGGCAUCUCUGAAUCAUGAUGAUGUGUUCAUUCUAGACUCUGAGAAGAAGAUCUUUCAGUUCAACGGGGCAAAUUCCAAUAUCCAAGAAAGGGCCAAGGCUCUAGAAGUUGUGCAGUUUUUGAAAGACAAGUAUCAUGAAGGAACAUGUGCUGUUGCAAUUGUUGAUGAUGGUAAACUGGAUACUGAAUCAGAUUCGGGAGAGUUCUGGGUCCUCUUUGGUGGUUUUGCUCCAAUUGGGAAGAAGGUUAUCAGUGAUGAUGACAUCGUUGCAGAGAGGAUUCCUGCUAAAUUAUAUAGCAUUCAUGAAGGCGGUGUGACUGCUGUGGAAGGUGAACUAUCCAAAGGCAUGUUGGAAAAUAACAAAUGCUAUCUCUUGGAUCGUGGAGCUGAGGUGUUUAUAUGGGUUGGCCGGUCAACACAAGUGGAAGAGAGAAAAACAGUGGGCAAGGUGGCAGAGGAUUUUAUUGCAAAUGAAAACAGGCCAAGAUCUACUCGUAUAACCCGAGUUAUUCAAGGUUAUGAAACACAUGCUUUCAAGUCAAAUUUUGGUUCAUGGCCUGCUGGGUCUGUAGCUCCGGGAGCCGAAGAGGGAAGGGGGAAAGUAGCAGCUUUGUUGAAGCAACAAGGCGUCGGUCUCAAAGGUUUGGGAAAAAGUGCUCCUGUGAACGAGGAAGUUCCUCCUCUGCUUGAAGGAGGUGGAAAAUUGGAGGUAUGGUGUAUCAAUGGCAAUGCCAAGACUCCUGUGUCUAAGGAGGAUAUUGGUAAAUUUUAUGGUGGAGAUUGCUACAUUGUUCUCUACACCUAUCACUCUGGUGAAAGAAAAGAAGACUACUACCUUUGCUGUUGGUUUGGGAAGAAUAGCAUUGAGGCAGAUCAGCAGAUGGCUACUCGUUUGGCUAAUACAAUGUCAAAUUCUCUGAAAGGCAGACCUGUUUUGGGGCGCAUAUUUCAAGGCAAGGAGCCACCACAGUUCAUUGCCAUUUUUCAGCCUAUGGUGAUCCUCAAGGGUGGUUUGAGCUCAGGCUACAAAAAAUACAUAGAAGAAAAGGAAUUGGCUGAUGACACAUACACGGCUGAUUCUGUUGCCCUCUUCCGGGUCUCUGGAACUUCUUCUCAUAACAACAAGACAGAGCAAGUAGAUGCGGUGGCAACCUCCUUGAUUUCCACAGAGUGUUUCCUCUUGCAAUCCGGCUCUUCACUUUUCACUUGGCAUGGAAAUCAGAGUGCUUUUGAACAGCAGCAGUUGGCUGCAAAAGUCGCAGAAUUUUUGAAACCCGGGGCUACACUGAAACAUGCUAAAGAAGGUACUGAAAACUCAAUUUUCUGGUCUGCUCUUGGAGGAAAACAAAAUUACACUAGCAAAAAGGUGACCCCAGAAAAUGUCAGAGAACCUCACCUGUUCACAGUGUCGCUUAAUAAAGCUCAUGAGCAGGUUGAGGAAGUGUUUAACUUUUCUCAAGAUGACCUGUUGACUGAGGAUGUAUUAGUGCUUGAUACGCGAGCAGAAGUUUUUGUUUGGGUCGGUCAAUCUGUAGACCCCAAAGAAAAGCAAAGUGCUUUUGAUGUUGCCCAGCAAUAUAUAGAGAUGGCUGCAGCUCUCGAAGGUUUGUCACCAAAUGUGCCAAUGUAUAGAGUUACUGAAGGAAAUGAGCCAUCAUUCUUUACAACAUACUUUUCAUGGGAUUCCACAAAAGCCACUGCUCUUGGGAACUCAUUCCAAAAGAAGAUGGCUUUACUCUUUGGAAUAAAGCAUCAUGAGGUAAGGGAUAAGUCAAGUGGUAAUCAAGGAGGAGGUGCAACCCAAAGGGCUUCAGCUUUGGCUGCCUUAUCUUCUGCAUUUAACCCUUCCUCUGGGAAGUCAUCCCCUAGAGACAGGACGAAUGGUUCAAAUCAAGGACCGACUCAAAGAGCAUCAGCUUUAGCUGCUCUGAACUCUGCUUUCAACUCGUCCCCUACAGCCAGAAGCCCCUCUUCAAGGGGUUCUGGACAGGGAACCCAAAGAGCUGCUGCCGUAGCUGCACUUUCACAAGUUCUUACUGCUGAAAAGAAGAAAACACCCGACGGUACCCCUACUCAGAGCCCUAGCGCUGAAACCAAAACUCCUUCUGGUGAAGGGAAAAAUGAAGCAUCUGAAGUAGAUCAAGGGUCUGAAGAAGGGAAGGAAAUCGAUGACACCGGGUCUGCAUCUGGAAGCAACGCAGGGGGUGAUUCUGAACCUAAACCCGAGUCUGAACAGGACUACGCCGACAUUGGUCAGGUUGUGUUCAGUUACGAUCAGCUGAAGGCUCGCUCAGAAAACCCCGUGACUGGGAUCGACUUCAAGAGGAGAGAGGCAUAUCUAUCACCUGAGGAAUUCGAGUCCAUAUUUGGGAUGGACAAGGAAGCUUUCAAUAAGCAGCCCAAGUGGAAGCAGGAUAUGCAGAAGAAGAAAGUUGAUUUAUUUUAAGCAGCCAAGUCACUAUUCUGUUGUCUGCUACUCGUAAAGUUCUUGGGUUUUAUUAUUUUUCUGGUUCAGUACCAAGUUGUCUGGCUUGCUUCGAUAUGGCAUUUUAUUAUUUUGCCUCUAGAUGUGGGUUAGUAUGCAAAUUUUUUGGUUGUGGGCUGAAGAGCGAGCUUUCGUUUUGGCCUUUUGAAGAAGAAAAAGAUAUUCUUUGGGUUUUUGUUUUCUUGAAUUGUAAGAAUGUCAGGUUGUAGUGUUCUACUGAGGGAGUUGGGAAGGUCAAAAUUCAUUCAUCUGGAUUCAUUUGUGCAUCUGAUUUGUGAUUAAUCUGUUUUACCUUUUUCCUUGGGGGAAUAUGUAUAUGGUAUUGAUACAUAUUAUUGUACUCUAUACAAAGACUGAUACUCAGUAAUGAAGGUUAUGGUGUUUGGCAUGUUAUGUUUAAUCCUCCUUAACAUUAGCCGUUGAUGUAAGG